AUGAUUGUAGUCGGAGUUUUGCUUUUUCUCGUAGCUUCUGUCCUCAGCUUUAAUGAUGUUGAUUUGUCCACAUGCACUGUUACUAAGGGAUGUUUGCGCCCUCCUAUCUGCGCCGAUAAUCUGUGUGAAUAUGGAGCUACCUGGCGACUGGUCGAACAGGAUGAAGUUCAAUACAUUGAGUUUGAACUUUUUGGUGACAUAAAGUCAAGCAGUGGAUUUAUUUCUCUCGGCGGUGAUGGCUUUGUUGGUUGCUACUAUGACACUGUUGACUUCAAAAUUGUCGUUCGGGCAGGGUAUAGACCUGAGGCCAGUGAAUCCAACCACCUCUAUAAUCCUUCUGAUGACGAGAAAUUACUCAUCACUACGGGAGACGAUCUCGGAAGCUCCUACGUGGAUGCACAGCACUACCUGCAAUGUCGCUUCAGGCGUCGUGUGACCCCUGUACGAAUGGCAAACCAGCUGAAGGACCUGGCACCACCGAAUGCCUACUAUCUCAUCAUUCAACGUGGGUCUGACCCGCUGAGAACGAGCUUCGGGCAGCUCUAUCCCGGUGGUGAGGCCACAUCCAAUACCAGUGCUAUCAUAACUUCACCACUCUACGAUCUGACCAUCAGCUACUUGGUAUACCAUUCUCCUGGAGUGGUGAAAGCGCACGGCGCGAUGAUGGUGCUGGCCUGGGUCUUCUGCUCCUCUGUAGGUGUAAUCAUCUCGCGCUAUUACAAGGAUAUGUGGCCCAAUGCCGGCCUGCUGGGUGAGAGGGUGUGGUUCCAAAUCCACCGCAUUCUCAUGGGCAUAUGUGUGGGCCUCACAUGCCUUGCUGUCAUUCUUGCCUUCGUAUUCUGCCAGGGCUACUCAGCGCUCAAAAUCUAUCCGGACUAUAUUCAUCCUAUCCUCGGACUCAUUGUUCUAUGCUUGGCUAUUAUCAAUCCCAUCAUCACCUUCUGCCGCCCACACCCGAUGCACAAGAACCGACCCUACUUCAACUGGACGCACUUUAUCAUUGGCACAUUAGCCCACGUCCUCUCCAUCCCGACCAUCAUGCUGGGUCUGCGAAUGCCCGCAGCUGGUGUGCAGUUACGCAGUCUGAACUAUCCUCUUUGGAUCCUUAUCUUUUUCGUCAUCUUCCAGUUCUGUGUAGAACUCACUCUAGAGAUCCAUGGCUGCAUCCACUAUCGACGUAAUAAGCAUAAGAAGAUAACAUAUAGGAAUGAACUCGAGCAAUACCAGAACGCCGUUCGCGUGGGUGGCGUUCCCAUUCCUCGACCCGUGGAACCAGAACCUUCUGGUCGCAUCUUCAAGUACUUCAUAAUCAGCCUUCACGCCACAGUGGCAGCUAUCGUGGCCGUGAUUCUGAUCAUCAUUAUUGCCGUCAACUGA